UCCGGCUGGUCCUGCCGGCGGGCGGUGGGGUUGCACCCCGCCCCGGCGCCGAGCCGUGCUGCGCCGCGCCGGGCUGGGCCGUGCCGGGCGGCGGGGAGCGGCGGGGCAGGCCAUGGGGCUGCUGGAGCGCCUGCGGAAGGAGUGGUUCAUCCUCGGGAUCGUGCUGGUCAUCGCGGUGGCGCGGCUGGAGCCCACCGUCGGCGUCAAAGGGGGACCCUUGAAACCAGAAAUUACCAUAACUUACAUUGCUGUUUCAGCUAUCUUCUUUAACAGUGGACUCUCCUUAAAAACAGAGGAGCUGACAAGUGCUUUGAUGCAUGUGAAGCUACACCUUUUUGUCCAGAUUUUUACACUUGUGUUCUUCCCAACGGCAAUAUGGCUCUUUCUUCAGCUCUUAUCAAUCACACCUAUAAAUGAAUGGCUGUUAAAAGGCUUGCAGACAGUAGGCUGCAUGCCACCUCCUGUGUCUUCUGCAGUAAUAUUAACCAAAGCUGUUGGUGGAAAUGAGGCAGCUGCUAUAUUUAAUUCUGCUUUUGGAAGUUUUUUGGGCAUUGUUAUAACUCCACUUCUGCUGCUGCUUUUUCUUGGAUCCUCCUCCUCUGUGCCUUUUACAUCUAUAUUCUCCCAGCUGUUUAUGACUGUUGUAGUCCCCCUUAUUAUUGGACAGAUUGUCCGAAGAUACAUCAAGGACUGGCUUGAAAGGAAGAAGCCUCCAUUCGGUGCUAUCAGCAGCUGUGUGCUCCUGAUGAUCAUCUACACGACGUUCUGUGACACCUUCGCCAAUCCCAACAUCGACCUGGAUAAAUUUAGCUUGAUUAUAAUAGUGUUGAUAAUAUUUUCUGUACAGAUGAGCUUCAUGUUUUUGACUUUCCUCUUCUCUACAAGGAGUAACUCUAGUUUCACACCAGCAGACACAGUGGCUAUCAUUUUCUGUUCCACACACAAAUCCCUCACCCUGGGAAUUCCUAUGCUGAAGAUAGUCUUUGCGGGUUAUGAGCACCUCUCCUUAAUCUCUGUCCCCUUACUGAUCUAUCAUCCAGCUCAGAUUCUUCUUGGCAGCCUCUUGGUACCAACAAUAAAGUCUUGGAUGGUUUCCAGGCAAAAGGCACAGAAGUUAACCAGGCAGCCCAAGGCCCCCGUGAAGGUAUAACUAUGGAGAUGGCCUGUGUCCCAGUGAAUGUAUAUAUGUACUAUACUGUACACACAGACAAUUGAGACACCUGGCUAUUUGUGAAUGUUGCUUCAGUGCAUAUUUUAUUUUUUUAUAUAUAUAUAUAUAUUAAAAAGAUACCUGUUAAGUGCCUUACAGAUACAUUUUUGGCAAAAACAUUGUUUCCAGAAGCCACUUUGUUGGUUACUGCAAGAGGUUGUACAGUAUUUUGGAGUCCUUUAGUUUUUAUUUUUCUAUCUUGAGUGAAUGGUCAUGACUUAACAGCUGUUGUUUCUUCCACUGCCCCUGCUUUGAAGCCAGGGUGCACCAGCUGGAAGUCUCUGUUUUAAACUAGCCAAAGUGGCUAGAAGCCUGCCCCACUGCUGGCUUACCCUGGGGAAGAGCUUUCUGAAGGGUUUUUUUGAGAUUGACUUGAAUUUCUGUGUGACUCUGUUACACUCCCUAGUCAUAUGACUGUGACAUGCCUUUUUCUUCUGAGUUUGUGUAUACUCAGCAUGGGGCCAUCCAUUGGAUAGAAGCUGAAAAGCAUGAAUUAUUUGCAUUUGUUGACACAGUUGUCUAGACAUUCCUUCAAAGUUAAUGGUUUCCUCAAAAAAAUUCUUUCAAUUCCAUUGUAUGAUAUUGUGCCAUUGUAUAUCUUAAAUGCCUCAUAAGCUUCUUCAAAGAACUGGUCUGGUGCUUGGGUUAUGAGUGAAGUAUUUGUGUUUGCAGCUAGGAGAUCUUUCAUCAUUUACCCCUGAAGAACACAAAUUUUUGGUUUUCUUUUUUUUUUUCCCCCCCUUUU